AAAGGUAUGGGAUAAAAUCUUCGGUAUACCGUACCGAACCACCCCUAUCUGCAGCAUUUAAACUCAAUAUUGAUGCUGCAGAUAAAGAAGAGUGUUGGGGGCUGGGCUGGGUGCUUCGUGAUUCAGCUGUAGUUUUAUAGCCGGCAAUCGGCAGUUAAUUUCUAUCGUGACAUGCCUACCCGCGGGAGGAAAAUAAUUGCUACUUUCGAAAGGACUAAAAUGCAAAGAUGUACAAUUUUUAUACAACGAUGACUAGAAUGUCGAGUUGUCAACAUGUCAUAAUUUGAUUGGAUUAAAAUGGGAUGUACCGGACUACCGGUACCUUGUAUUUUUAAUGAUGCACCGUAGAAUAUUCCUAAAAUAAUCUCCUGUUAGCUAGGGUUGUGAAUGAAGUUUAUAAAUUACUCCCUCCGUUCCCAAAAAUAUUUCUCACUUUCCUUUUUGGCCGUUCCCAAAAAUUCUUCCCACUUUCCCUUUUGGGACAAUUUGUGUGGCUCACAUUCAUUUUACCUUUUUCUCACACAACCACAAUCACACAUUUCAAUUUUAUUCCACUUUCUUAAUAGGCGUGCCAAUUCAAACCGGGAAGAAUUUUUAGGAAAGGAGGGAGUAAAUAGCUUAGGCCGCGUGGGAGGACAGGACAUGCACAAUAAUCUACGCAAGUCCAGAUCGAAGAAGUCAAUUUAGUUGCUUAUUAGGUUAGUGAAUCGCGUACGUCAAUUCGAGAGGAGCGACGGUCAUCAGAUGGGGAGGCUGGAUGAGGAGGCCGCCGCCGCCGAUCAUUACUCUGUUCUGGGGUUACCCUCCGGCGAAGAAGGAUCCAAACUGUCGCAGAAAGUGAUCCGCAAAGCUUAUUAUGUAAAAGCAAUGGUGUUGCAUCCGGACAAGAGACCCGCGGAUUCUCAUAGCGCCGCCGCCGCACAUCGGGACUUCCAGAAGCUGCUGAACUCAUAUGAGAUUCUCAAGGAAGAGAGAAGCAGGAAGCGCUUUGAUGACGAAUGUAAGGCGGCGCGUGAUGCGGCAAAGCGUCGGAAGGUGGAUCCCAAGGCACCGAACGAAGCUGCAUCCGCCGCUGAGGCCGCCGCUGAGGCGGAAUUCCGUAGGAGGGCGGAAGAAUUACGGUAUGUGCUUGAAGUAACAUGGACGAGGAAGAAUAGAGACUAUACUCGUGAUGAAUUGAGGGAAUUGCUCGCUGAGUUUGGUGACUCAAAGUUCGUCUACGACAUGGGCUUCAAGAAGAAAGGGAGGGUUGCUUUUGCCAUGAGUUCCAGAGAGGCACUUUUAUCUGCGUCUAAGCGUGGGAGAGUAACACUCACUCAUCAAGUUCCCUCUCAGCUCUUCAUCUCAACUCACCUUUCUUAAUUAUUGUAUAACCUAGCUUGCUCCAUAAUUCAUACGUAGUAAGUACGUGGUAUAUAUAAUUGCAUGAACAUAUUUCCAUCCCAUCUCCCUUUACCUUUUCUUCUUUCAGAUUUAGGAUGUUUUCUUUUGGACUGAAAUUUGUUGGUCUGGUCUGGUCUGGUAAACGUCUGGUCUCUGUGUAUUUUAUAACUACGGAAGUCAAAUCUGGUCUGAUCUGGUCUGGUCUGGUCUUGGACUGAAAACAGUCCUAAAGAAAACAUCCUUACUCUAUUUCCUUUUCGUUUUAAUUAUAUUAAUGUAGGUGUUUCUGUAUUUGGGGACCCCUGUUUGAUCAUUUGGUGUGCUUACAUGUUUCCUCUUACAUUUUAUAGGUGUACUAGUAUUUCACCUGUUUAUUUGGACCUCACACUUUGAAGAAUUCUCCUUCAACUACAAGCAUGCAGAAUAUAUGGAAAUUUGAGAUAAUAUAAUAUUUUUGUUUGGAAUUGUAUGCAAACUAACCCUUUACCUUCUUGAGUACAUACAUUUCAAUACAAAAUAUGUACAUGUUGCUGACAAUUUGACAUCUUUCUAUUAUAACAUCACUUUGCAUUUGAC